AUGCCUGAAGACACAGAGUUCCCACCUGCUUUGCAACUCAUUGUUCAGCCCGGCGAAGACGACAUUGCUGCAAGGAGUGAUGGCGAACGCAUGCAAGUGGGCGCCCAUGGGAGACGGCAAUUCCAGGAGCUCUGGCUCUGGGGUUCAAGUUACCACAAGGCAACGACACCCACCUUCAACGCCCAAGCACAUGGCCCAUCACACUCGACACAGUCCCUAUUGCCAUCAGGCGAGGAACUGAAGCCGCAUGUCGCAGCUGUCCGUAUGUUAGAAAUUGGUUUGGUCAUUGCGGAUGAACCAGAUCGGUACAAGGUCACAGGUCAUUCACGAGACAAGAUUCUAGAGCAACAAAAAAGGAACCGUCAUAUCCUGACUCGCGAUGGAAAUUUAUUCCGAACCUACAUCAAGGCAGGCGUCUACAUUCAACCACAAGCAAAGACAUUUGGAGAUUCCGUUGAGAAGAACAUCAAGGCCAGAGAAAAGAUCAUCCCAAGAGCGAUCAAAUACUACGCAGCCGACAUCAAAGAAAAAGAGCCCAAGUCUAACAAUGAUGAUGCUGACACUACCGCUACUGGGUCAAAGUUACUAACCCUUGCCACUACUGCUUCCGAUCAUUUAGAGGACGUCCAAACGGAGUACCAACCAUUUUUCAGUCAAUACUGUGCUGCUGACAACAACGGCAAAACUGCUUUCCUGGCCUUUGACCAAGACAGUUCCCUCAGUGAUGAAGACAUCGCCAGUCUGAUUGAGGAAUUCGAGCAAUUCAAGCCCCAGGUAUAA